AUGGCUUAUACACCUGAAGCUGAAAAACGCUUACGUGAACUCAUGCAAGAGCAUAAGAUUAUAAAACAAUACAUGACGAUCGUUCGUGGAAGUCCACAGCCAACCGAAGGUGAAAUCAACAUACCCAUUGUGGAGAGAAAUGUUCGUGGUACAUACAAAAUGAUGCUGUCACCGGCGUACAAUGAUCUAACGAAGUUAGUCAUGCCGAAAGGUAAACGAGAUCAUGUUGACAGUUCGAAGGCGAUAACAAAAUAUCGUGUUAUCGAUUCGAACUACGGUGUCUCAUUAGUUGAAUGUCAACCAGUAACAGGUGUUAAACAUCAGAUUCGUACGCAUUUAGCACAUGCAUUGGGUACACCUAUAUUAGGUGAUCACAAGUACUCUCAUUAUGCUAAAUUAGCACCUCAAAAACUACAAUUUGCCACAUUGAAAAAGCUCGGUGUUCGUCAAGCGAAAGUUCGUACUGUGCCUAUGUGUUUGCAUUCCUAUUCCAUAGCUAUACCGAACUUCCUUCACCAUCAACAAAAUCUCUUUAUUCGGGCUCGUUUGUCGAAUCAUUUACGUUAUUUCAUUCAGUGUUUUCGUUUACGAAUGAUCAAAUAA